AUGUUAGACAUCAUGAAGAAGUAUCAGAAAGAGGAUCAUACUAAUUACGACAGCUUUAUCUGCUUUAUUCUCUCACAUGGGGAUAAAGGAACUGUGCUAGGUGUUGACGGAGAAGAAGAGUUCAUUUCUAACUUAAUUAGUUGUUUCAAUGGUCGGAAUUGUGAGACUCUCAUUGGGAAGCCUAAGGUAUUUUUUAUUCAAGCAUGCCAAGGAGGUGAACUUGAUGCGGGAGUCCUUUAUUAUGAAGAUGACAGUGCACCUAUAUAUGAAUGUGAUGGAAAAAGUCUUCCUAUUACUGCAGAUUUCCUAACAGCCUAUUCUACCACUGAAGAUAAUGUAAGUCUACGGAGUUCUGAUGGAUCUGUUUUUAUUCAGAAGCUGUGUAAAAUCUUGGAAGAUCCCCAUCAUUUGUAA